GGGGCAUAUAUUCAACACAUUAAUUCCCAUGGUAAACAGGUUACCAGGUGGAAUAAUCCAGUCGAAUCUGGUGCUAUCGGGCAACGUUUGAAAUACUCUAUUCAGCUUUAAUUCGAGAUGCAACGUUAAUAUCGCAAACUCAGCCUUAACACAUAGGCCUACACAUUAACACGACCUUCCUCUCUGGAUGAAGGAAAGACUUGGCUGACAGUUGUCACCAAAACAAUGCCUUAUCCGUGGCAUAACAAAUACAGGGUUAACAACGCGGACGUAAUCAUGAGCCUGUAAUAAAUUGGUCAUCUUGACCUCAAACACCUAACGAUAACGUCAGGUUUGUGGUAGCCAAUGUAAGCUAACCGACUUAGCCAAACAACAUAUGUGUUACGCUACCUCCUAACUCUAUGUAACCGAAGCUGGCAUAAUAUUCUUAUUUAGUUUAAAUAAAAUACUUAAUGUACGUUGACAAACCACAUAACAAAACGUUACAGUUAAUGCUAAUAAAUAUAGCUUUACAAGCUAGCCACCUAACGUUCGCGUUAGCAGGUCAAUGAGAUAGCGUUAACUGUCAUACUUGUUGUUGUAUUUUCCCAUCCUCUGUGACAACCCAGUGGGUCGUAGCCCCUCCGGAGUCCACUAUAAGUAUGCAGAGAAAGAUAAAAAGCUUCCCCUGGAAUGACGUUUUUCGCGAAUAGUUUAGACGACAGGGCAAAGACUCAGGACAGACUUUCCUGACGUCCGCCAUUUUUCUGUCUCAUUUUGCUCUGUGGCAACAGUGCUCAGCCUCCGGCCACCGGGCGGCGCUCUCGCUCACACCGGGCCAAAACUCAACAGGUUAACUUUGAUGACGUCUGGAAAACAAAACAGGAAACUGUAGAAACGAAAGGUUCGAGACGUUUUCAAGGCAAAGGUGGGUGGAAUGAUAUAAGAAUAAUAUCUGCUUUCACAAAUAGAGGCAGUACCUAUCUACUGUUGAUGCUGAAGAGGAGUCGUGUUUGCGGUAUUCGAUGGCCUGCUGUGAAAGCAAUAAGGGGAGUUUGGAGGAGGACAGCUAUGAUGUAGCUGUUGGUGAAGAGCUGUCCGGCUGCGCGUUGGCAAUGCUAGAAAAGGAGCGAGAAUCCAUCCUCAGCCCUUCAGAGAGCCCUCGCACCUUCAGCAGUAGCCUCUCCGCUAGCCUUCAGGCUGCUGUCCCCCUCCAGGGUUAUGAUGUGGAGUUUGACCCACCCUUAGAGAGUAAAUACGAAUGCCCUAUCUGCCUCAUGGCUUUAAGGAAUGCCAUUCAAACACCCUGUGGUCACCGUUUCUGCAAGAACUGCAUUGAGAAGUCUAUUCGUGAUGCAGGACAGAGGUGCCCAGUGGACAAUGAAAGGCUGUCAGAAGAGCAGUUGUUCCCAGAUAACUUUGCCAAGCGGGAGAUUCUGUCGCUAAUGGUUCGCUGUUCAAACUCUGGCUGCGGCGACAGAAUGGAGCUCCGACAUUUAGAGAAACAUUUGGCGCAGUGUGAGUUUGCCACGGUGCCCUGCCCGCAGUGCCAGCAGUCUGUGAGGCAGAGCCAGCUCGAGGAGCACACGACUGUGGAGUGCAAGAGGAGGCCUGUGUCAUGCCCAGAUUGUGUGGCGUGCUUUGUUCACGAGGACAGAGAGCUUCAUGAGCAGCAGUGUCCCUUUGCCAAUGUGAAGUGCCAGUACUGUGAGAUGGAUCUCAUCAGAGACCAGAUUGAAUCUCAUUGUGAUACAGAUUGCCCAAAAGCACCCAUCGCCUGUAACUUUAGCACCUUUGGAUGUAAGGAAAGGAUGCAGCGCCACAACCUGGCUCAACACAUGCAGGAGUUCACUCAGAUGCACAUGCGCUACAUGGCUGAGUUCCUGCGUGGCUUCAGCCUCAAUGGCACCACACCCAAAUCUCUGUGGACGCUAGGACCAUCUGUUUCCUCCGAUGAUCAGGGAGCAGGAGCCGCAGCAGCAGUCUCAGCCUGCAGUGGGCCCCGAGGAGCUGCAGGCUGCAGCAGCAACUGCGCCCCGUCUCCGCCUACGGAGGAGGUGCAGAGGCUCAGGGAGAUGGAUGGACGAUUGGUGAGGCAGGAUCAUCAGCUGCGGGAGCUCAUCAUCUUAAAAGAAACACAGUCCGGUCAGCUUGCAGAGCUCAGGCGCAGAGUGUCGUCACUGGAGGAGACGGUGAAGGAGCUGGAGUCGCAGCAGUGUCACGGUAUCUUCAUCUGGCGCCUCAGAGGUUUCGCCGCCCUCCUGCGGAACCAAGAAGCAGGCUUGCCCGUGGUGGAGCACAGCCCCGCCUUCUACACCGGUCGCCCAGGCUACAAGCUGUGCCUGCGCCUACACUUGCAGGCCCCAAACGCCCCACGCUGCUCCAACUACAUCUCCCUCUUCGUCCACACCAUGCAAGGAACAUUUGACGGGCAGCUGACGUGGCCAUUCCAGGGAACCAUCCGCCUCACCAUCCUAGACCAGGGCCCUGAGGGUCAGCACCACACAGAGGUGAUGGAGACUAAACCAGACCUGCAAGCCUUCCAGAAGCCCACCAUUCAGCGCAACCCCAAAGGAUUCGGCUACGUCACCUUCCUGCACCUGCAACAGCUGAGUCAGAGAGCCUUUGUUAAGGAGGACACUUUACUCAUCCGCUGUGAAGUCACACCGCGUUUUGACAAUGUGAUUCACCGCGAGGGCCCCACGGUGCAGCCUAGAGGACCUGAGGCUGCAAUCUCGAGGGACUAAAACGUAAAACUAUAGUUAGGAUGUCAGCGUGGUAGUUCUGCCGGUGUUUGAACACCACUUAGUUCGUAUUAAAUAACGCAAAUGGUAUGGUCACACAUAUUUACAUUUUGGACACUGCAAGUAUUUAUUUGUUUGCCAAUUCUUUUGUUCGAAAAAAUAUAAAGUACAAACCUUUUAUUUUAUAUUUGAAAUGUAUGUUCUCACCCACAAGGUACCCACAGUCAGCGCACCUCAUAAGUACACAUUUUGUAGAUAGGCAAUUAUGCUCAAUCAGCUGAGGAUGACCAUCCACUCUUGUUCUAGCAGUUGGAAACGCACUGAAUGUUGAAGAUAACCCGUGGAGUUUUUGACCCGGCUGGCCCUCUGAGCAUUUUAUUCUAUACACCAUCUUCUUAUAGACAGAUAUUUGAAUGAUGAGACAGACAUUAUUAAUGACGGCAGAGGGUGGUAACAAUACGUUGCCCCCUCAAGUCAUUAUAAUAUGAUGAUUUGUUAUGGUGACCGCAGUUGGCACCUGUUUCAUGUGGCAUCAAAAGGAACAUGUUUCCUCACCAAAUGAUUUAAAGGAAUUGUAAAAAUAAACAUGUUGCUUAUUAAGUGCCAUGAAUCCAAAAACAUGGUAACCUAAAGAGCCUUUUUUAUUCUGUUCAUGCACAUGGUGAACUUUUAUUGGAUUAGGUGGGGUACUAUGUUGGAACAGGAUCUCCAUUUUUUAUUUUAAACAUAUCUAUAUAGGGGAGUGUCAUGUCAACUGGAAAUGAUCAAGCAGCACUUAAAGCAAAGAAACAAAUCUGAUAUUUGGUAAUGGGAGUAAUGGAAAGUGUCUCGGUUAUGUUCCAGCCAAGGAUGAAAAUGUACGUAUAGGUGUUUGGAAACAAUGCAAAAAAAAGUCUGCUUUGCAAAAUAAUUGUUGGCUAGGAAAUGCCGUCACCACAACAGUUGGACAAUAAUGCACACAGUGUAUAUUGUGCUUGUAGAAAAUCUCCACAGUGUAUCAUUGUAAUGAAUUGGAAAGGACAUUUAUAUGUUUUCCAAAUUCUGCAUUUGAUGCUUCACUACUUUUCACUGUACUGUUAUAAGGCCCCACUGUGACAUAGCAAGAUAAAACAGUGAAAGCACCUUCUUCACUAGGAGUUUCUGCUAACCUGGUUUCAGCACCGGUGCAUAACACAGUAAAGCUAUGCUGUAUGCUCACAAAGUUAUUCAUUUAGUUUUUGACAGACUUGCAUUUUACACUGUAAGUUCUUACCGUAUGAGACCUUAAAUGAGUAUUUGAGUAGACAUAAAUCCAACAUAAUUGUGUCAAUAUGCUGCCUGUAUAGCCUUUCACAUUUAUUAUUGUCUUUAAUAUAUUGCGGUUUGUUUUUACAUCUGCAGUAUUGCAUUGUUGUGAUGUCAUUCAAAAUGAUCUGACUAUUAAAUGAUUUCUUUAAUUUAAA